AUGAAAGGACUUUUUACAAGACAAAAGACAGUAGAAAAAAAUCCUAAUGGAGAUGUGAGUAAAACUGUUAAAAAAUUUUUAACUCCUUCAAGACCAUUUGAAAAUAAAAAAUGUCCAGUGGCUAUUAAGUAUGGCACAGAGAUGGAGGAUGAAGCAAAAACAUCCUAUUUUAGGAUUAUGAAAAAACAACACAUUAAGUUUGGAUUCAGUGAAACUGGCUUGGUUCUAAGCCCUGAUCAUGGAUGGGUAGGAGCAAGUCCAGAUGGAAUAAGAGAGUGCCAUUUUUGUGAAGAUACACUUGUUGAAUUUAAGUGUCCUUACACAGGUAGAGACAUGGAUCCUAAAUCUGCAUUUUUGUUGGAUACUGUUGGUGGGGCAAUUAAUGAAGCCGGUUUUCCAUAUAUUCGCAAGAACCGCAUUCACUACUUCCAAGUGCAGACUGGAAUGGCAGUGUGUGGCCUGAAGCAGUGUGACUUUGUUGUUUUUACCAACAUGGGAAUCUAUAUAGCAAAAGUAGAAUUUGAUGAGGAAUUUUGGAAAAGUACAAUCAGUACUGUUAAAUUGUUUUACACUAAAAAAAUAAUUUCAGCUCUUUUAUUGCAAAUUCAAGGGAGCAAUGAUCUAGAUUUACCAAAUAGCAUGUAA